GUUAUCAGCACAGCAAAGCCCGUUAGAUUGCAAAGUGAACGAUAGAACAAUGAUACCUCCGCAAGAAUUUCCUGCUAACGUCUGUUAAUUUUACCGGGACGUUACUAACGGUUUACCGUAAGCAACGAUAGCUUCUUAGCUUGAACCUGCUAACAUCACUGAAGGAAGCAAUGCUAAAAUGGCCUAAUGAGUGUUUCUCUCCGGAUUGAUCUCGUUCGGAAGAACUUGAAGAUCUGGAGUUUGCUUACAUCAUGUCUCAAUCCACCCGGAACCAGAAUGGGCCGCCAGCGAAAAAACUUCCCAAGGGAUUUUCUAAUCCUGGACCUGCAUCCAGGCUGACUAUUCCUGGAUCUUCAUGUCUUGCCCACUACCUGCCAGCUCAAAACACAUCUGAGUCGGAUAAUAAUAAGUUGGUAGACCGUGUCAGAUGUGUGGAACAUCGGGGUAUGAACUGGAAGACUUUCUUUAGCGAAAUAAAUGAAUGUCCUUCCUCCUCUGCAAGGCCGUCAACAUCCCGUGUAGCUCCUGAUUUUGGUGAUUUCUCCUUGGACUGGCUUCCCAUCUUCAAACCAAAUACUAACAACAAUCCAGCAGAGUUUCCGUCCGGUUCUGAUGGCAGCCUGGAGGCUUUGUCUGGUGGACAGAAAGACGACACGCCAUCCAUUCCAGGGUUAGGAGACGAUGAAAACCCAGUUCCAGGCAGAUUUGUUGUGUCGUCUGAGAUCAGUCAGCUAAAACAUACCAGAGAACCAGUCGCUGCGAUUCUUCAGAGCUUCGGCCUCGAAGACGGAUUGAAAAAACUCGACCCUCACAUUUUGAAGCAGGUCAAUCCUGCAAGGCUGUCCUGCGUCUUACAUCAGAUUUUUAGCAAGACGGAAAUAAAAGGAAAGUCUUCUGAACCCCAACCUAAACUAAAAAGUAUCCUGAAGCCAAGCAAAGUGAGGGUCUCUAGCUAUGUGGGUGUAGAAAAGAACAACAACGGUCGGGUUGUAGAUAAGUUACCACUAGAUAAAGAAAGUAUAUCGGUGUUAGACUCAGAGAAGACAUUUUUGGCUACAAGAAACAACAGUCGGAUUGUAGAUGAGCUACCACCGGAUAAAGAAAGUACAACUGUGUUAGCCUCAGAGAAGACAGCUAGUGACCCACCUGAGCGAUUAAAGGACGCAAUAUCUGCCACACAUAAAACAAUUUCUAACAGCAACACUGAAAGCAAACAGAAAAGAACUGAAAACCAGAAGCCAAAGCAGCAGAAAAACGUGAAACGGAAAUCAGAACUGAAGCUGGACGAGCGUCGACAGAACAAGGCGGCGAAAAAGACCCAGAAAGGUUCUUCUGUCAAAGCGCCACUCGGCAAAAAGUGCAAAGCCCAGAUGUCGAUUUUAAGCAAACUGCCUUCGAUAGUCCGGGAGUGGGUGUUGAAGCAAAUGAAAAUGUCGGAGGGCAAGCAGCCGACGCUGGCCAUGAUCGAAGACUAUAAUGGCGUCACGCCGAGGUUGUUUCCCCACCGGUGUUCCCUCUGCGGUGUAACCUGUCAGAGACCAGGGCUUUGGCUCCUCCACCUGAAUGAAAUGAACCACGUUGGGAACCGGAUACUCCUGCAGCUGAAAUAUCCUGAGUGGGUUGCUAAGAUCCAACCACUUCCCAGAAAAAAAGAUAAAAAGUCGCUCGUAGAUACUAAGAGUUUGAAAAAGCAAAAAAUAAAAGCUGAUAGUCGCAACAACGAGUCCAACAACCUGCGGCAUCACCAGAGUCGAAGAUCACGAUCUCACUCCCGCAGUCCAGGGCCUAAUCAAAGGCCGACGGGAAAACGGCGCAGGUCCAGCACGGUCAGCUCCAAUGGGGAAAAAGGAGAGCAGCGAUCCAGAACCGACCCGUCUGUGGGGGAGAAAGCUGAUCCAGAACCAGAAACUCCUGCCAGGUAUACUCCAGAAUCAGCCGCCGAAGUCCUAAACAUGUUUGGACUGGACAAAGAGGACCUAAAAGAACUAGAGUCAUACCCCGAGGAUCAGCUGACUUUUGAAAAUCUACAUCUGGUUUUACGUGAGAUUUUCCUGCGGAAGAAGAAACGAGCUGCAGAAAACCCUCCCGAACCCAAAACCGACGAACCUGGAGGUCCGGAUAAAACGCCUCCUGGUCCUCUGAAGCCAGUUAAAGUGAUUGACUACAGACAUUCUGCUAACUAUGUUACUGUUAGCGACUCGAUAGAAACGACCACUGAGGAUGAUCCAAGGCCCGCUGGUAGGAAGGAGUCACCACUGGAAGAAUGUGACAAACCAACACAGAAAGACAUCCAGCCGCCCAAGUCUCUAAGAGUUACUCCUCAACCUUCUCUGAAGCUGACGUCCAAAUCCAAAAAACCCAGCAGUUCAAAGGUUAAAGGUAAAGAAAAAAGAGUGCAAGACUUGAAGAAGAAAGCUAAACUGAAGCAUAACAUUAAAGCAACAUCUACAACUAGGAAAGCUUUGCCGUGUGACGUUUCAUAUGCAAAACUGUUUCCGGUCAAAGUACCGCCUGUUAAGACCGUUACUUCCAACCAUCUGCCAACACUCGCCAUGAUUAAAGACUAUAUAGGAGCCGCGCCGACGAGGUUCCCACACACCUGCUCCAUCUGCAACAAGAAGUGCUUCCACAUGGAGGACUGGCUGUCACACCAGAACUCCAGCUUUCACCUGGAGAGCUGCACAAUCCUCCGGACACAAUAUCCACAUUGGGAUGGAGAUGUUCUACCAAUCCUCAGCGCUGAAGCUGAAAGUCCAUCGACAUUACCGUUCCAUCGGCAUGACGACAGCAACCUCCAGCAGUAUUACGGCUCAGCGGGUCGAAGGAGCAGCUCUCGGUCCCGCUCUCGGUCCCGCUCCCGGUCCAGAUCACCUUAUGACCGUAGAUACACCCGCAGGUCUCGAUCUCCAUCUUGGUCGCCACGUCUCAAAAAGCCGUCCUCCCUUCCCUGCCGCUCACAUUCAGGGAGUCAUGAGAGACGGUCGUCCUCCAGGAGGAAAGACGGGAAACCGUCUUCAUCACCCAGACGGAGCAACGAAAAACAGAAGCUGGACCACAAGAGCCGAUUGUCCAAAGAGAGUUCAGGUCCUCGUUGUGAGAAAUCACGGGGAGGGAAUCUUCUACAAAAAUCAGCGGCGCUUGACAGAAUUUGUUCGACAUACUCUUCACCAUCCUGCAGUGAUGCCAAGCUGGAGCAUGCAAAGGAGCUGGACACGGAGCCGCAUAUUAAAGGGAGGAAGAACAGUGCUGGCAGAUCUGUUGUCGGUGCUGAGGGGAAGGAUUAAUACAGUUAUUGUUGUGUUUUAUAACAAAGAGUUUAAUAAAAUAUAUGUGUGAAAGGA